UUCUCUGUUGUUAUCAUUAAAAACCUUUUCUAUUACGUUUUGUGUCAAAAGUCUUUUCAUAUUCACCUUUAUCUUAAUUUACUAGUUAAUAGUGAAACUGAAUUCGCUGACCAUCAUGAUUUCGACUUUACAGGAUACCCAUGUUCAAAUGUAGCUACAAUUAAAAAUUAACUUGAAGUCCCUCGUUGAGGUUGGUGGAUUGAAUGCGUUGUUAGCUGCUUGUUUACCAUUUGAAGUUGAAUCUCGGAUGUAUGGUUGUGAAUUGUUCUAGUGGAAUAAAUUGAGUCUUACAUCCCCACCAGUUAAUAAUACAACCGUUUAACAACUGAAUCAAGCAAAUUACUUGCUAAAUCAAAUCAUGGAGAAUGAAAAUGGAGGAGCGACAACAUUGAAGCCUUUAGUCAACUUGUUAAGAGAAUCUGAGAUCAAUGGAAGUGUUAAACGUUCAAACAUUUCUCAGGCAUUACCAAGAAGAUACUAUCCACUUGGACAAAUUGUUCCGUCUAAUGAUGUCUUAUCUCACAUAUUUCUUGGAUUCACCCGUGAUGGCCAAUAUUUGCUCAGCUAUCGUUUCGUUGCUGAUACAAUGUAUUUUUACAUUUGGUAUUUUAAUCAUCAUGGACCAUUGAAAUUGGUAUCAGAGCACGUCAUUUUCAUCAGUAGUAACAAUCUAACACCAUUGCCUCAAAUUGAGUAUCUUUAUGAAUCAACGGCUAUCCAUGUUUAUCAAUGGCCUCGUGAUGAUAAACACUUGUUAAUACUUACCAUUCCGGAAAGUCAUCGACCCUCUGUGAUUAAUUUAGUUUGUAUACAUGUUAACCGAAAGCGAUCUCAUAUUUUACAACCGGGCUUAAUCACUCUAUCUGUUGUCGAUUGGAAAUAUAAGCUAUCAGCAGCUUACAGAAAGAACAAAGUUAGCUUCAAUGAGUAUCUUUCUCCAGGAUUACUUCUUUUUGGUCCCUCGGUUUGCGCAUUUCACACUGGAACAGAAAUCAUUUUUUUGGAAAUCAAAAAGCCUGAAAUUAAAGGAGAAUGUUGUAAAGUAAAUAAUUCUGUAUUGGACAUUGAACAAGUUCUAGCUGAGACUCUUGACAAGAAGAACGUUAACAACUUUAUUGGCCUCUCAAACUAUGAAGUUCUUGUCUUUGGAGUAAAUACCAAACCUUCCAAAAUUUAUGCCUACAUCUUGGCCAUAAUUAGUGAACCCUGUAAUAGUAAAUCAGUGUUGGAAUUUAAAAUUGUCUGGAAUCCAGAGAAAGGAAAUUACGAGGUUAUGGAAUGUGAUCCCAAACUUAAGUCCAAUGAUAAAGUUGAAAAUCGAGCUCAAAUUAUCUUAAGAAGGCUCAUUGAAAAUUUAAGAACCAGGGAAAUCUAUUCACUCAACAAUAUUCAGUUUCUGGAAACUCAAACUUCUUUUGAUUCACUCAAUUCUCCUGUUGAUAAUGUAUCUGUGAUACUUUCACUUGCUUGAAAAUUGUGAGCUAAACAAAACAAACCAUUAUUAAUAGGAAGAGAAGUGACCAAAAACCAAAAAUAAUGCAAGAUAAAUUUUUCUGUCUCAAAUACAAUAAAUAAUUAUUUCAUUGGAGUUGACCAUGCUUCGACCCAUCUCAAUUACAUCUUUAUUUAUUUAUGAAGAAAAGUUGUGAACUUCAUCACUUUAAUCACUUUUGUAAAAAUGACAUGUGAAAUUAAACAUGUAUGUUAUAUUUCUUUGGAAUCAUAAUUUUCACUCCUAUUAAAGUUAUGUAAAAAGUAUA